ACAGAAUCCCAUGUGCUGCCAUGGACAGUGUGGAGAUGGAAUCUGACCAGAUUAAAGAGGAGUUCCCUGAACUUGAACUUGUCCCCAUUAGAGUGGAGUUCUCUGGGCUGGCUUCCCUCCCCAUUAAACAGGAGCUCUGUGAGAUGCAAUGUGACAGCAGCCAGCCAGAGGUCUCUGAGAUUAAAGCUGAGCACAAUGAAUUGGAGAUCCCCCAGACAGAAGAACCCCUUCCUGUUAAACAAGAAGAGGUGCUGGAAACUGUCCGUAUUAAACAGGAGCCCCCUGAAGUAGAGUUUGACCACAUGGAAGCAGUGAAGGAAGAAUCUGAGGACUUCAAACCAAACAUCCCUGAGCUGGAGCCUGUACGCCUGCGGGAGUGUAGAGUGGUGCUGGAGAGAAUCUGCGUGAGAGAGCAAGGCGCUGGAGAGGAAGGCUCUCCCAACAGCAUGCAAGGAGGUGGAAAGGAAGACGGGCGCUCCCAUUCAGAAUGCAGUCUAGCAGGUUCCAGUCCAGCAGCUAAAGCGAGGGCGGGCGGUGGAGAAUAUCCUGACUGUGGGAAAGGUUUCACCCAGUUUGGAAACCUGAAAACACACCAGCGAAUUCACACUGGAGAGAAACUGUAUCGCUGCUCUGACUGUGGGAAGAAUUUCAGGGAUUUAGGAACCCUGAGACAACACAAGCGAAUUCACACAGGAGAGAAACCAUUUCAUUGCUCUGACUGUGGGAUGAGUUUCAGUCAUUCAGGACACCUGAAAGCACACCAGCGAAUUCACACUGGAGAGAAACCGUAUCGCUGCUCUGACUGUGGGAAGAGUUUCAAUCAGUCAGGAUCCCUGAAAGCACACCAGCGAAUUCACACAGAUAAACUGUAUCGCUGCUCAGACUGCGGGAAGAGUUUCAAUGUGUUUCAAAACCUAAAAAGACACCAGCGAAUUCAUACAGGAGAGAAACCGUAUUGCUGCUCUGACUGUGGGAAGAGUUUCAGUCAGUCAGGAGACAUGAAAAAACACCAGCGAAUUCACACUGGAGAGAAACCAUAUCUCUGCUCUGACUGUGGGAUGAGUUUCAGUUACAGAGGAGCCCUGAAAGCACACCAGCAAAUUCAUCUAGGAUAUAGCCUGUAUUGCUGCUCUGACUGUGGGAAGAGUUUCAGUUUUUCAGGGUACCUGAAAACACACCAGCGAAUUCACAAAGGAGAAAAACCAUAUUGGUGCUCUGAAUGUGGAAAGAGUUUCAUUAACAUAGGAAAUCUUGAAAAACACCAGCGAAUUCACACAGGAGAGAAACCAUAUCUCUGCUCUGACUGUGGGAAGAGUUUCAGUCACACAGAAUACCUGAAAUCACACCAGCGAAUUCACACAGGUGAGAAACCGUAUCACUGCUCUGACUGUGGGAAGAGUUUCCGUGCUAAAAAUGACCUUCAAGUACACCAACGAACUCAUACAGGAGAGAAACCGUAUUGCUGCUCUGACUGUGGCAAGCACUUCCGUCAGGCAGGAGCUCUGAAAUCACACCAGCGCAUUCACACCGGAGACAAAGCCCAUGUCCAUUCAGAACAAGACAUUAACAUCGCAUCAUGAGUCCCUGUGUAAUUUACUGUUUUGUGUAUCACUCUUAAGAGCUUGCAUUUUAAGUGGUCAAGAUGCUGUUCAACAACUUGCAUUCUGAUUGUGUCAGAAAGUGGUCGGAGACGCGGACACUUCACAAGAGGCUUCUCUGCUGUCAGUUUAACUCAGGCUGUCAAUGCAGUCAGUGCCUGGGAGCGGGAAUAUGCAGAAAGGAAACUAUUCUGCACCUCAUCUGAUGGACGAGUCAGGAGAAAUUGAUAACUCAGUGUGGGGAAUGAGUUUCAGGGUUUAGCAUUUAAACUGCAUAGACUUGAAAAUAAAUACAUUGAUGGGAACGAGUAUCCCGACCCCGGUAUGUAGCAUCCCAGAGACAAGACUGCACCGUCCUUACUGGACAACCGCCUGGAGGGUUUGUCUUGUACAUUUUGUCACGUUUCUAGAACAAAUGAAUCAAAUCAAUGAUUGAAUAUUUUGCAAUGUGCAUUGUCCAUGCUUUUAUUUUGCCCUGCUUUUGUAAACUGCACCAUGUAAUACAAGUGUAGCACGCAUGUGCACGGGUCAUAGGUACAGAAACUCAGACAGGUUUUAUACCAACUCUUUCUUGCUCUUUUGCAGUGUUGGACCUUAAGAGUGGUUAAAGGGCUCCUCUGUGGUAUGAUCGUGUGGCACCUGCAGAUGCACAAGGGAGUGGAGAAAUGUGUAGCGUUGUAGAGCUGACCAGGAAUAGGCCCCGGUAGCCAUGGCGACAUGAGGUGAAAUGGCCUGAUCACCAUAGUAACACCAAUCUGUAUUGGGGGAGAACGCCUCUCCCGAAUUCCUGAGCUUUGGAGGCCCUGAAUAAACAAGACUCCAAGGUGAGAGGUUGAAGAUGAAUAAUCCUUUGUGCUAGGGUUAGGUUUUCAGUAAGAAGAGAGAGCUACGGGUAACAGCCUUACAAGAGCUCUUCACAAUAUUCAACAGGGACACCCCAUAGUUUGAUCAACAUUGUAAGAAACUUAAAUAAAUCAAAAGGCCAUAAAGAGAAUCUCGACCAACUGGGUUGCAAUCGAAGAAAGGAAAAGUCAACAAAUGUUGAACCAAUAAUGAAUGAACUGAUUCAGCCUGCUGCCACUGGUCAAAUUUACAGCAAGAGUUUUCCAAUCCACUGAGCGAGUCUGGGUUGUGUGACCAGGAAUACAAGCAAAUCCUACAGGCCUCUGACGCUGGGAAAUUGAACCACAGACAUAAUACAUGUAACGGUGUUCAGUUUAAGGGCCGUGGAGUCUAACUGAAGGAUGUAUAAAUAAACAACAGAUUGCUAAAGAAUGAAUUACGAUUUCGUAAUAUCCUAUUAGAAUUUACUGAGUUUAUUGUUCUUUCCUGACUCAUAUAUAUUGAAACAAUUCUAACUUGCAUCGAUUGCAAGACAAAGUAAACUUCUGGAGUGGAAAUGUAGCUGUGCUGGACAGCAGCUGGAAUCGAGUUCAAAACCAGUAUAAAUAUGAGUAGUGUUAUGAUGAUGAUGAUGUCAGUGCUCUGUGCAGUAAAGGGUUACCUGGAGGUGUUUUGUGCAACCGGUCCCUGGUUUUCAUGAAUUGUGACUGAUGACAUUUAGAAUGAAUUAAAAACACACAAAACAAA